UGAUUAUUCGUCUAAAUGAAUAUUUUAACACAAAGAAGGUAUUCCGUGAUAUUAUUUAUGCAAUAUCUUCUAUUAAUUUUUGAUAUCUGCAUCAAUUCUUUUGCUAGUUUUGCCAGACCAAGUCCAGUGGAUUUACUCGUACUUUAUGUAAUACAAGACUUUUGUUUAAUAGUUGCCCUCACUGUGCUCCUUGUGAGUUUUUUCUCCACCUACAUUUUUCAGGUGGGAUUGAUACAACUGCUCUACACACAAUUUCGUGUAACUCUUAUUUUAUGUAUCAUUUACAUAAUUUUGAGCAUAGGAUUGCAUUCUUGGCACAUGACAUUGCAUUGGCCUACCCCUUUCAGUCACUACUGGACAAGAGGCUUUCAUAGUCUCUAUUCUAUACACAAAGCAGUGGCCGUUUUAUAUUACUAUUUUUACAAAAGAGCAUCUUUGAGAGUCGGAGACCCGAGAUAUUACGAAAGCUCAACUUGGUUGCAGAAACGCAGUCUUCCAUAAAAAAAAUUCGACU